UUCUGUAAGUGAAUAGACUAGAAGGGAGCAUUAGGACCCUGCAGGCAUUGGGAGGAACAUCACAUGGGCGGAAGGGAAAUAAGGAAGGAAUCAGUGGAAAGAGACGGAUACUGCUGGUGGUAAAUUAUACAAGUUUUAAGACUCAAAGAUGCCUUCUCCAGAAAAGAACAUCUCCGGUACUUCUAGCCUGCAGUUAGAGAACACUCUUCUGCGUAGAGGGCGGGAGCUGUCGCAGCCUAGAAGGAGACUUGCCCUGACCUUGCCUGGUUCGGAUUAUCUGAUUAAUUCUGAGCAUCACUUGAAUAUCCAAAGACCAGAUAAUUUGUUACUUAGACCUUCCUGGGAGAAAGAGGCCUCUAUGAGGGAUAGGACAACUAACUCCUUGUUGUCUUCUAACCUAAAGCUGACUUCUCCAUCUAAACUUGCACUUACCUCUAAUAGAAUUCUGAAUGCUAAACAAUUUCCUACAUCCAGCACUUUAACCUCCAUAUUGUCCUAUACUGCACCUUCCUCUGAACCGUAUGUUUCAACUGAAACUUCUCGUCCUGCAGUGACCUCAAAUUCUUCUUUACAUACUAACCGUACCAUAUCCACUCUCGGCAAUUUGUCUUCUGAUUCCAAUGAGAAACUACAAUCCUCCUUAAACCCUAAUCUUGUAACCUCUAAUACAGCUUCAGUCUAUAACCCUGCAUUAAUUCCACAUCUUGCAACUUCAAACAUUACACAAUGUGACAGUGGUAACAGUGUGUGUCUACAGCAAAUAGAAGAUUCUGGGGUGCCUUUAUAUUUGGUAUCCACCUUGGGGGAUAACCAGGAAAACCAAGGUCCUGCAUCUCAAGAUGAUGUGACUACUCAGACAGAAGAAACCUCAUAUGAAGCAGACUCUAUAAUUGGUGGUUUGUCAUCACGUUUAGAGGAAACCUUGGACAACUGGCUGCCUAAAACUUUGCCACCUAUUAGACCAAAGGAGGACGAGAAGUUGACUGUGGAAGAAAAUUCUACCAUUAAGAGCCGCCAUCAGUCACUUCUUCAUCAGAAAAAGAUGGAAUUGGUCUCUGCUGUCUGCUGCUCACUAGUAAGUGGACCCAAGUUUUCUGAUAGCUCUGAUGAGACCCGUGCAAAGCUUCAAGCACUUUGUGAGGAGUUGUCUAACCUGGAUUCAGAGUUUAUUCUAAAGGUUGCCCUAUACACCCGACAGGAGCUAAAUAUUCGCAGUACAGCCAAUUUCAUGCUUGCUGUCUCUGCAUUCCUGCCUGCCUGCCGUCCGCACUUGCGAAGGUAUUUUUGUGCAUCGAUCCAGCUUCCAGCUGACUGGAUGGAAGUACCCCGAUUGUAUCAGAGCCUAGCAGGACAGGGUGACAAGCUUGUUCCAUUGCCUUCUUGUCUUCGGAGAGUUCUUACACUAAAGUUCCAAGAAUUCACAGAAUAUCAGCUGGCAAAGUACAACACGAGAAGACAGCGUGGAAAACAUUCAGUCAGAAAGCCAAGAGUAGUAAAUUGUCAAAGCAUUAUGAAAAUUGGUAGGAAUUUACGAUCAAUGGAGGAGGGUUUAAGGCUUCUCCAAAAGAAGUUUUCUACUCCACCUACACUGCAAAAGAAGACAAAAGACAAAUUUUCUAUGAAGAGCUUGAUCCAAAGAUUACACAUCUCAAAACCUGCUCACCAUGUCAUGAGCAUUCUUGGAUACAAAUAUCCCAAGGACCUUUACUCAUUCUCUAAAAGUGGCCUUGAGGGUCCUUGGCAAUCUGAUCUUUCUGACCAAAAGAUGAAGCUCAAACAACCACAGACUUGGGAGAGAGAAUUGAGCCUAAAGGGCAACACUGGGCCUGCAUGGGAAAAGCUGCUAGAUAGCAAUCAGGUUCCCUUCAUGGCAUUAGUAAGAAAUCUAAGAAAUAUGAUCCGAGCUGGCAUCAGUCAGCGCCAUCACAAUCAAGUGACAGCUCGUCUUUCCAGUGAGAGUGCUGUGAUAAAAAGCCGUCUGUUCCCUUUCCGAUUUCUUUCUGCCUACAAAGUGAUACAAGAUUUGGAAAUGCAGUGCCACAAAUCAGGAAAGCCAUUCCCUGUUAAUAGGACCUUAAUUAAAGGCAUUGUUUCCAGUGAGGCAGUAAGCAUACCAAAACUUAAAAGAUUUUAUUGGUCCCGUCGCCAGCUUAGAGGUUGCUUAGCUGUUCCAGCAAUACGACGGCUUCUAAAAAGAAAGAAGGCAGCUCUGAGGAAGUUGAGAGAUUGUAAGAUGAACCAAACUGUCCUGCAGAAAUAUAAGAAAGCAUUAGAAAGCGCUGUUAAGAUUUCUGCUCGGCACAACAUUGCACCUCUGCCAGGACGCACUGUUAUACUGUUUUAUGUAAGUGAUUCCAUGCACAAACCUUGCCACGGGGCAAAGGAUCUGAGUGUGAUGCUUGAAGAUGUUUCAGAAGAAGUUUCAGAAGAAGAUUCAUCACAACAAUCUAGUGAUCAUUUUCAACGAAAAAACAGUUCUCCUACACUCUUCGAAGUGGGUCUUCUUCUUAGUGGCAUGGUGAGAGACACUUCAGAGAGUGCUCAGCUUGUUCUGUUCAAUGAUCAUUCCUACAUUCUUGCUGAGUUCAACUCCAGCUCUCUGCUUCACAAUGUGAGCCAUCUUAAGAAGCAAGCUGAGGACUUGAUGAGCCAAAGAAACCUUCCUUUUCAAAAAAUAAAUGUUGCAAAAGAAUAUCUAUUGGAACUACUUGGAAAUCAAACUAAGGUGGAUACCCUGCUGCUUUUCAAAACAAGCCCACCAAACACAGAGUUCAAGUCCGUUCUCCAACAUUACCGGAAGGAGGUGAAUGCAGAUUGUCUAUGUGUGACUGUGGUGCCUAAAGACUUUCAAAGAGAGGAGUCAGACCAGUGCUCUGAUGAUGGCCACUCUGAGUCUGCAGAUCAGGAAAUAAGUGAGGAAAGUUCUGAUCAGUGUAAUGAUGUCAUACUUCAUGGGUUCACUGAACAGGUGCUGAGGUAUGUGUCAGAGCGGGGCACUGCUCGACUCUUAGAUCAUGUCAGCAAAGUGAAUGAAAGAUUUCAAGUACCCGAAGAUCCCGACACUGUGAAGAGAAGCCAUGAUAUUGGUCAUGAAAUGGUUCCUUUUCCCAUUAAACAGAGGUGGCGCAGUAUUCGCAUCUUUAUAUCUUCCACAUUCCGUGACAUGCACUCAGAGCGAAAUUUGAUUAUCGGUCAGGUGAUACCAGAACUGCGUUCCCGAGCUGCAGGCCAUUACUUGUCAGUCGAGGAAGUAGAUUUGAGGUGGGGAAUAACUGAGGAGGAAACCAGAAAAGACAGGCAGCUACACCUGUGUCUCUCUGAAGUAUGCAAGAGCCAGAUAUUUAUAGGCAUUUUGGGGGAACGUUAUGGGCAUGUACCGAAAACAUACUCUGUACCUCUGCUGCCUGAAUAUGAAUGGAUUCAAAGGUACCCCCCUGGAAGGUCCAUCACUGAACUGGAAGCCAUGCAAUUCUUGCAGAACUCAGAUACUGAAAAUCCAGGUCACCACAAGGCGUUUUUCUACCUUAGGGAGCCAGAUGUCCUCCAUUCCAUUCCUAGGAAGUGGUUGCCAGACUUUGCUGCUGAAUCAGCUGAAGCUGAAAUGAAAAUGUCAUCCCUAAAAAGCCUACUGAAAGAGUGCCCCUCAGCUGCCAGUUACCGAUACUCUUCCCAAUGGGGUGGUGAGCUGCAUGGGAACCCUCACUUGACAGGGCUUAAGGAUUUUGGGAUUCGAGUGCUAGAAGACAUCUGGCAAGUGAUAGAGCACAAUUAUAUAAAAGAAGGGGCACUGACAUCUAAUGAAGAUGAAGAGGAGCUUGCUCAGGAGGGCUUCCAGGAGCGGCAAGCACGCCUCUCUUGUGCCAGGAACAAGCUGGUAUUGAGCAUGUGUUCUCAGAUACAGGAGAAGACAAGUGCCUCCCCUAGUAAUGGUCGCCUUUUCCUUGUUUGUGGAGAGCGAAGCCAGGGAAAAACCAUAUUUAUGGCUGACCUUGUGAAACAACUGAGAAGUUCUACUUCUACUUCUGUUAUUUAUCAUUUUACGGGUGCCACUCCUGGGGCACUCGAAGUAGAGAACAUGCUCACACGCAUUUGUAAGCAACUGAGCCAGAGUCUAAACAGGGAAUGCUGCAACUUCACAUCCUACAGGGCCCUACUUUCUGAGUUCCAUUACCUUCUCCGCUUAACCUCCCACUCCUUGAAAAAGAAUAACACGUUAACUCUGCUGAUUGAUGGGUCGGACUUGUUGUGUGGACGUGCAGGGGAGACCACCUCUGAAUGGAUACCUGAGCAUCUUCCUUCAAGAGUAAACCUGGUUCUUAGUGUGACUGAGGGCUCCUCCCUCGGCUACUCUUUGGCAAGACGGAAGGACAUAGUAUCAAUUUCAAUUUCAUCACUCCAACCAUCAGAACGUGCUGAAGUGGUGAGACGUUGGCUGGCUGUGUAUGGGAAAAAACUCGAAGAAUCUGCCUUCAAUAAUCAGAUGCGUUUGUUACUAAUCAAGAAGGGAACGAAGCAUCCCCUAUAUCUGACAAUGGCGUGUGAGGAGCUACGUGCCACCGCUGUCUUUGAAAGGCUUUCAGAUGAUAUCGAGAAGCUGCCUGCUACUCUCCCAGUGCUCAUUCAAAGAAGACUAGAGAGCCUGGAGCAAGAGCAUGGGGUGACCACAGUGUCCAUUGCAUUAGCUGUGAUCUGCCUGUCACGUAAAGGCCUGCCAGAGAGAGACCUUCUCAGGAUUCUGAGCUCACUGCAAGCACUGAACUGUGUGUUUACUGCAAAAUGGGAUGCAAUGCUGGCAGCUUUUGCUGGAGCCCACAACCUUCCAAUGGCCACAUUUGCCCUGCUUCUCAGCAGAAUGAGAAGUGUUCUUGGACUCUGGUUACCAGCAUUGACAUCUGACCAUAGACUUCACCUUCCUAGCUGUCUCCUCAGAGAUGCAGUGGAAAAGCGUUAUUUGAUGAAAAGUGAAGUUACUAAAGCAGCUCACCUUCUCAUGGCUGCAUAUUUUUGGACAGUCUGUUCCCCUGAAGAGCCAGAAUCUGCACCUGUGAUUACUGCUGAGUACCUGAGUGAACUGUCUCACCACCUGCUAUGCAGUGGGCAGUUGCACACACUUGGCCGUCUUCUUACAAACCUUCCAUUUUUGCGGACUCAUGCCGCUCUGGGACUUCUGCCACACCUUUGCCAGGUUUAUAGCAAGUAUGACAUUUUGGAAGCACAAAACGACCCUGUCUCAAAAGUUAAUAAAACCCAUGAUCAGCAUGUGUCAAAACCACCACUAGAAGUGUUUCGAGAGUUCAUUCAGCACUCUGUCCCAGUUCUCUCUCAAAGUCCUUCACUGUUCUACCAGCAGGCCUUAAAUGAACCUGACUGCUCUCCAGUAUGCAUCCAGGCUCGUGCCAUUAUGGACAAUAGAAAGGAACGCACAUCCCAUCUAACAAUGAUGUGGAACAACAAACCAUCUUACAUGAGUAUAUGUCACAGCAAAUCAUUACAGAUCCCGUCUCAACUGGGUUGUGUCAGUCUGUGUCCAUCAGGCAGAAUGGCAGCUGUUGGUGCGAGCAAUGGUUCCCUGCAUCUUAUUAACACAGAUAGUGGGGAGGAAGCGAGAUUACUGCACAGUGGCUGUGAUGGAAUCUCUGCCUGCAGAUUUAUCUCAGAUGAUUUGUUGUGUGUUGCUUCCUAUGAUGGUGUAUUGGAGAUCUGGAAAAUCUCUGAUGGCUGCCGCAUGCACCGAGCUGAAGCUCACCAAAGACAAAUUACGGGUUGCUGUGUGAGUCCUGAUCAAAGACAAUUUGUUACCUGUUCUUUGGACUACCAACUAAAGCUUUGGGAAAGCAGCCGUGGUUCACUUCUGGGAUCCAUUUCCUUUCCUUAUCCACUGGAUUGUACAACCUUUCACCCCAGUGGUCAUGCAGUAGCAGUGGGAUCCUGGGAUGGGAAGAUAACUGUACUCAGGCUGGAGAACUGGGAGAAAACUGCUGUUCUCUGUGGAAGUUCUUCUGUGAAAGCAGUUUCUUUCUCCCAGGAUGGCAAAUUGCUUGUCUCAGGGAGUCUUGAUGGCUUAGUGUCCCUUUGGUCAUGGGAGACACAAGUGCAACUUUCUCACUUCAGAGCACACUCCGGGUCUACUCUGACAUGUUGCUUUCUACAGUAUGGAGAAUGCCUUCUUACAGGGGGAGAGGAUGGCAAGGUUCAGGUGUGGUCAGGAGGUCUUGGAAGGUUACUCGGAAGAGUAGAUGGAGAAAUAGAAAACUCAUCUGCAAUAUCCCUUGCUGUCUCACCUAGCAAGCAGUUACUGGUUGUUGGAUACCAUUCAGGCGCUGUGUCAGUCUAUAACGUGGAUUCAGGUGACCUGGUCGCCCAGACUUGCAUUGAAGAUGUGACUAUACUGUGCCUUGCCUGGCUGUCAGAAGAGGUAUUGGUGACCGGGACCUCCGAUAGCUUGGUGCGUGUCUGGAAAAUCUCAGCAGGUCAAUUUACCUGCCAGCUGAUGCUUAAUGGACACCAACGUUUCGUGCAGGCUCUUGCUGUCUCUUCUAAACUUCUGGCUUCAGCUUCUGGGGACGUAUCUGUCUGUCUUUGGUCACUGAACGGCCUUCUUAAUAGCGUCUCACCUCCCUCCCCUGCAUCUGUUCUGCAAGGCCAUUCUGCUGCAGUUACAUGCUGCUCGUUUAGUCAAAGUGGAAGACUGCUUGCAACUGGCAGUCAGGACCGGUCUGUGCUGUGUUGGGAUGUGUCCUUGACUCCCCCUUCUGUGGUACAUGCUCUGCCAUUGUGCCAUAGGGACUGGGUAACUGCCUGUUCAUGGACUGAUGCAGACAUGCUGGUCUCAUGCUCAGGGGACGGCUCCGUGUGCCUCUGGGAUAUUCAGCGAGAGGAACGCCUCUUGGAUUUUGCAGGACAUCAGAGUGCAGUCAGCAGCGUUAUAUGCAUGGGAGAGCGUGUAAUUACAACCAGCAGGGAUGGCCGUCUGAAGGUGUGGAACCUUACAGGCAUAGAGCUUGCUAACAUUUCUGCUCAUCAAGAACAGAUAAAUCAAAGUGCUGCAUUCUGGAUGCCAGUUGAUAGCCAGGAUGAUGCAGCUCUUGUAGUUUAUGUUGCCUGUUCUGAUGGUUUGGUUUUGAAAUGGAGCCCUCUUCAGAUGGAUCAAAUACAGACAUUAUAUGGUCAUGGAGGUCCAGUGAUAUCAUCGUCGUCAUCAUCAUCAUCAAGCUCAAAAUGCAAAGUCAUAGCUACAGCUUCCCUGGAUGGUUCUGUGAGACUGUGGGAAGAGCCAAGCAGAAAUGGGAAUGUGAUGGAGACACGUCAUGUUGGUAGAGUCUCUGCAAUUGCUUACUCUCCUGAUUCUGAAUUGGUUGUCUCAGGAGGAGAGAGUGGAAAUGUAAUUCUAUGGAGCCAACAGAGAGUCUUGUUCACUGUCCAGUGCAGCAAAAUGUGUAUCUCUCAUCUGCUGUUCACCUCUCAGAGAACAUUCUGUGUUAUUUCUAAUGAUCUGAAAGUAUCUCGCUGGAUCUUGCUUCCAUGCAAGGGAGGUGGCCUGAGAGCCAAGAAGGCAUACAGUAUUGAGGUUGAUUCCCUGGUGGUCAGCGUUUCCCUUGCACCUACAAACAAUGAGCUGGAGUUGCAAACACUAAAUGGACACAGGAUGAUUCUGAACAUCAAGAAUGGAUCACUGAAGCAAAAUGGGCGACAUACAUUACACUCAAACAUCGACCAGCAAAUCCCAAGGGAACGGAUGUAUCCUGGUAGCAUAAUCACGGCAUCCCAAGCUGAUUUUGGCCUGUGUGACUCCGCCGGAGGCUUGUGGUGCCCAAGCACAGACACUGCCAAUUUAACAACUGCGGAAAAGUGGGAGCGAAAACAGAUACACAGUGCUUCUGUUUCGUGUCUCCAUGUGUUGGAUGAGCACUUUGUUACAGGAUCAGCUGAUCGGACUGUGAAAGUGUGGGAACGCAGAACCUACCGACAGAUUGGACUCUUUCAGUGCAAAGGUGCAGUCACCUGCCUGUCCGCGUACUUUAAGGAAAGAAGCGAGUUUUGUGCAGAGCAGUUCUACGUCGCCUGCGGUGAUCAGUAUGGCAAUGUGUAUCUAUUAAGCUGCUUUUAAAGCAGUGCAACCUGUGGAGCACAAUGAAGUGUCCGUAUCAGUGUCAUUUAACUGUCCCUGAGAGAUUAAUGGCACAACACUAAUUUUCUCUUUUUUUAUAUUUACUAAAUUCUAUGAUUUAAUGUUGUUCAUGCAGACAAGACAUGUGCCUAGGGUGCAAAGCUGAGGGGGGCACUGACACAAGGGUUCCGGGUGUGAAGGAAGAAGGAGGAUAUGGCUCACAAUAGGGGAUCGUCCUGUGGAUUUCAGCUUGGUGAUAUUGGGCCUAGCCUUAAGAGGAAAAAAAACCAAAUUUCUCUAUUGACUAGUGUUAGACCACUUCCUAAUCCUUCUUUUAUGGAUCUUAUAUUUUACCUAAUAUCAAAUUGGGUUGUCCUUACCAGCACAAGGGUGUAAAGGCUUAUUAUAGAUCACAUCUCUUGAAGCCUAAUUGACUCCUAUAAUAGACAUCACACCUAUAUACUAUGUAGGCCUUUUCUGCAGUGACUCUCCGUUAACCCUAUUGCAGUGCACACAUUCUCUCACUCUUUGUGUGAUUGUUAUAGUUGGGUGAAAUUGCUUUUUAUAUGUUAGGACUGUAAAUUGCACAUUCACUGGCUGUUUCUUUUAAACAAUCUCAUCAUAAAUGCACCACCCCUUGCUCUGUUACUCCGUACGAUACACCAACCUCAUAGACAAAGCAGCUAAAUGGAUACUUUAAAAGAAUUGUCAUCCACCAGAAACAAAGCACCCCAAUUUCAAGGAAGGCAAAUAUUAUUGCAAUGUAAUGAGCAUAUGUCAAAUACAUUUAUUUUGCAAUAAAGAGAUUUUUGUGUUAUGUAUAAAA